UUAUGUCAUGUUUGUGUUGAACAUCGAAACACUCUGUACAAAGCUUUCUCCGUUGUUUUGCUUCCUGGAGAGCAUAUCAAAAGGAACUUUUGCGUUGUCAUUGUUGCCAACAUGGCGUAAAUCCAAAGCAUUGGAAGAACUUAAUGGCCUUAUGAAGACUGUAGGAGUAAGCUCCUGUUAAGUCACAUUGUCUCUAUAACAAAAUUAUUCUGGAAACAAUGGUUAUCUUCCUGUGCGCUGCUGGAGCUAGCUGCUCCUCACUGCUGUUUGGAAUUGAUAACCAUGGGUGCUGAGUAUAGAAAAGAAAAAUUGUUUUUCUUGUCAGGAUGAUCGAAUUCUCAAAAAGCAAUGUCAGAUAUACUUAUGUCCAUGAUCAGAAAUAUUCCUCUGAAGUUGUUGACAUACACCAUAUAAUUUCGAGGAGGAGUAAUGCAAAAUAUUUUUUUGUGUAUACCACAACACUUCUUGUAUUAGCAUGUGCCUUGUAUCUGUAUGCUUAUAAGGAAAAAUCAAUUAGUCUUGUGUAUUGCAGCUUUCUUUUUGACAUAUUUCUUGUGAAGUCAUUACUUGGAAACCCAAUUAAGAAAGAAUCUGUUGUGAUUAUGCCCGCUUUUGGAGUACAGCUUGAGACUCAUUAUGUGAGUGGAAAAGUCAUCCGAUACUUCGUUCCCAUUGACAAGAUUCUGAAACCUGUUCUAAUAGAAUGUGUGACUCCAGUGACUUGUUAUUGGACUCUUUCAUUGAUUAUUCGUGGAGAAUCAGAAAUGGUGUUAGUUUUCAAGAACUUACGCCCUCCAGUGAAAAUAUUGGUCCAUGUGUGGAAGGCCCUGUGUGCUGCAACUGGUAGUAAUGAAGAGACUUGUGCUCAUGCAGAAUGAAUAAUUGACUGCAAUGCUUUUCAUACUAUACCCAUCAGUUUAGGCUGUGUUUGAAUGA